CUGGAUUUAAAAGUGGACUACUGUGUGUCUGAGCCUCUGGGAACGCUCACAGUUGUUUUUUUGGCCCCUCCCGAAUUGAAAUGUUUCGGCUUCGAGUUCUAUCUCAAUUGUAUCGGUUGGAAGGCCAAAGAUAUUUUCCCCCAGCAACCUGUGCUCAACAGCAGUGAUUAAACUAGUCGUCACUGCUUAGCCGAAGCUAAGUAUGUGUCGUCCUGCGUUGACGCUUAUUUAGCCUUCUUUUUUGUGAGUCGAGGUGAAGUUCAGCAUCCCCAGAGUGACGCACCGCCUCUGGCUUCUAUUCUCGGUGGCUGGAAAGAGGAUCGCAGAGUAAUGAACUGGGACAAUCAGCUGAGCUCCAUCCUGUCAGCUGCAGAUGGAAGUGUGGCCAAAAUGAGGGAAAGACUGGCGUCACCACGGAAACUUUGCCAGGAAGAUCUGUUUCCAGAAAGAGAGAGAAGCCAUUAUGUACAUCUAGACCCUCCUGCUCUUCCUCCUCGAGCCUCCCUUCACCAUCAACCGUCAUCGUCUCUCAGCCGUGCUGUUCAGUGGUCAGACAUUGCAGCGGUCCAGUCACAAGUCCAGCUGCAAAACCAGGCCAUUGAGUCUCUAACCAAGAGGCUUUAUAACAUGGAGCGAGAGAGACAGUCCCACCAAUCCCACAUUCAAGCCCUCCAAGAGGAGGUUGACAGGCUGAGAGAAGAACUGAGGUAUGGGGAAAGGGAGAUGGAUGAAGUGAGGAAGACUCACAGCCCAGGAGUGGAGAAAAAGAUGGAGCAGUGGCGAAGGGAGGUGGGACGCGAGCUCAGCAGUUUGCGAGGACAUAUCGCCCGAGCCACUUCUCUAGGCAACCUGGAGGAAAGUUUCAGUUCCAACGUUCACAGAGAUGAGAUGGAACAUCUGCGACGUGAGGUGGAUCAACUGAAAGUGCGAUUAAGUAGACAAGAGGAGGACCUGUUCUCCCAGCAAAUGGAGGCCAGAGAGGCUCGGCGACACUACGAUAGAACUUGCAAGACACUGCAGGAGUUGACUGACAGCUACAGGAGUCACAGCACUGAUCUGGCGAAGACCGUCUCCCAGUAUUCACAGACACGACAAGAGUUUCGCCAAGUCAGUGCAACUGUGUCAGAGCUGAAGGAAGAGGUUCACGGUCUUCUCCGAGAAAAUGACCCAUCAACGCUGUCACCACAGGCAUCAGGUCUGUCACCUGCUCAUCAUCAGAGACGAGGGGUCACGAUUUUAGAGACGAAGCCAGACUCUGAUUCAGACGACUUCAGUCCAACACCGAGUCUGGCUGAGAUCAGCUCCGAUGAUUUGUCCUGGCUGGACGACAAAGAGCAAACUAUUCCUCAGAAGUCGACAGUGCGUCUAAGCGUUCAGUCCAGGAAGAGCAACUUUUCCAGUCCAGCAACUGAUCUGGAGGAUGAGGAUGACGAUAGUGACAACCUCCUGGGUGAUGAUGCUCCUGCAGAGUCAGAGUCUGAUCUGAGCCUCAAUGAUCUGUCAACAGUUUAGGACGCUGAAGCUGGCAUUCCAAAGUAGCUCGGAUGUUUUCAUUGAUUGAUUCCAUGUUGUCAGAUGAUCCAGAGAAAAAAGUGUCUUAAUCUCAUUGUGGAAUUUUACAAAUAUCUCAACUAUCACAACACAAUCUGCUGAGAAGACUUUAAGUUAACAUAUACAACCAGUGCAUGCUCAGUAACUGUUCAUCUUCAAGUUCAUAUAGUAUUUGAACCGUCUGCAUUCAACUGCCGUUUUUAAGGGCUAUUUGGCCCAAAAUAUUUUAAGAGAUACUAAAGCAAACAGUGUUAAUGACUACAAUCGCUGUGUGCCAUGGGUGUUUUAAUACUUUUAGUUUUGUUGAACCUGUCAUGGUUCAAAAAGCAAGCUAAAAACAGAAGCAGAUGGCAUCUGCAUAUCAUUUGUGUUUUCUUGCAUCUUUAUCUCAAACCUCAUACAGCUUAUUAAUGAUGAUCUCAUGUUUCAUUUGUAUCAUAUAUUCAUAUUGAAAAGCUCUUGUAAAGUGUAUGAAACGGUGAGUUAAAAUUUUGUUUGGUUAGUACUUUUGCAUUGUUUUCAGUGGCACUAGUGAUGUCACUGAUGCUUUCAUGCAUCUGCUUGUUAACUUAAAAAGGGGAUUUUUUUUUUUAAUGAAAAUGGCAGAAUGAGGUUUGGAUAUGAGUCAGCCUGGGUUCAGGUCUAGGUUGUGCAACUUGUGACUUUUCCGACCUUUCACAGAUGAGCUGUAAUUCAUUUCCAAAGAUCUGUGUUUCAAAGGUGUUUCUGUUCCAUGACCCUCAACUUUCACUCCACCUCUUUAAUAACGUGAUUGUUUGGUGUGAUGGGUGACUGAGUCUGACUUUUAGUGCUUCAUGUUAAGAUUGGUCAGUUAUCUGAUCCUUUAGUGAGGUCAAAAUGCUUCAUGAGAGCUGUCCAGUGAAGCACUUCUGUGCUACGUCUGUACCUGUACGUCUUACCGUUAACAUGUACUAAUGUUUUUACCAGCAUUUGUCCGAAUCAUGUCUGGCUGCCUCCCUGUCCCUUGUAGCCUGCAGCACAUAUGAGAGGGAAAUGAGUAAUAAUUCAGUUUUUCUAGUUUUCUAAAUCGGCACUCAAAACACUCGGCGCUACCACACCCUCAACAUGUCAACUCAAAAAAACUACAGGUCUGACCUUGUUUCUGAGCAGUGGCUGUGAUUCCCUUCCAAAUCUGUGAAAAGUUUUUUUUCUGAUGGGAGAUUGUUCGCUGGGUAAAUCCUCCAUGCUGUCUGGUCAAGACUGCGAUUUAGCAGAAGUGAUUCAAGAGAAACCACCGAUGAGCGGUUAGAGGAAGAGCUGACUUGCCUCAUAAACAUAUCUCUUUAAUUAUACGAUCAGUGCUUUGUUUGCUGUUUCAAAAAUACCUUCAGAACCAUGAGCUGGUUCGCAAAUUUUCUUGUGGCUUUGUGCUAAUACAAUCUUGUUUUCAUUUGAUGUCUAUCUUCUCUAGCAUCCUGUAUGGUGGGGGAAAAUAAGAGGCCUUUUAUCGUUGUGAAUAUCAGCCUUAAACAAAGAAAGAUAAACAAACCCUGCUUACUGUGAAAUAGUUCUGAAAUGGGUUCUGAAGCAGGUUGUAGAAGCAAGUUGGUUGAUGACUUAGCUGCUACAGAAUGUUGUAAAAUUUACUCUGAAUCCUGCUUUGAGGAUAAAAUCAGUCAUCUCAGUCAUUUAUUAAUUCAUUGGCCAUUACUUUUCUCUUAUGUUUGCCUUAACAGCUUGUACAGUAAAGGUUCAAUUUUUCAGCGCUUUAUUGUAAUUUGAAUAUGACUGUAAGAACUUGUGACUCAGUAGGGAACCUCUCUACUGUAUUUAGUUUUGGUAGAGCUUUAACUUGGGCGAUACUUCGUCAGAUCAAGUUGGCACGAGUCAUGUGAGGCACGUGGUGAAUUGGUGGUUCCUGCAGGUCCAAUUCAAGUGAGCACAAAUGGAAACAAAUUGGGGGCGACUCCCACACCCCUCCGCACCACUGUGGUCUCCAUCUGCUCUCAAUUCCUGUUGUACCAGCAGGUCUGUCUGACAUGAGUCACAGUGUGCCAGGCCCGGUGUAAGGCUGUUAAAUAUUUCAGUGUCCAGACGCCCCCACUGAGGGAGUGCAGACCGAUAUAAUGCAAGAGAUCAUUGUGACUGUGCUGCUUUUCUAUGAAGACAUAGUGCCACGCCGGUCAGCAGUUCAACUUUUGUUUGAAUAAAGUAGCUUUUUUGUGUAGCUGUGUUUACAGAUUUUAUAAAGAACUAUCUUGUUUGUUGCUGAAGAUAAUAGCUCAUGAAUGAGGCUGUUAUUUCUUUCUUGUAUUUCAAUGGCCAAGUAUUGUUCUCUUCACACGCAAUGAAUCAGCUGAAUGUAAAGGUCAACUUUGUUAUUUGUAAGUUUGUCUUAAAAUGUUGAUGGUAUUUUUGCCAGCUGCUCAGGGCAAGAAGAGAAGACUGAAUGAAUGUAGAUGACGUUUGUAUAGGUGACUUGUUUGUAUCACAAUGAAGGGUUUUGUUUGUGAUUUUUGUAUUGACUUGUGAAAUAUUACUAAUCUUUGUUUGCGUUUUUUUUAAUGAACAGUGCCAUGAACAAAAUGUGUUUAUAAAGCAUUAGGUGUUCCAUAUGGUGCAAUCAUAGUAUCGUAUCUUGUGGAAUUGCCUGAAAUGUUUGUGUUUCACUGAAUUUGUAUUGUAAUCUAUGGUACUAACCAUGGACCUGAAUCUAAGAGCUCGGUGGUUUAGUUAAAGGUUUAUCAGAAAACGUCGUCAUAAAAAAAGACUGUUUUGCUUGUAAAGAUUAGUUCACAUAUGUCCAUAAA